AUGCUUUUCAUUAGUCGGCUUCUCUGGGGCUUCUCUGGUGCGCAACUAUGCAAAUUCCUCACACCGCCCAACUUCCGCCCUUCCCUAUCUCACCAAAAGAGUAAACGAACUUCCGCGACCGCCUUAGAGCCCGGGCGCAUCCAGGGCUACAGUCAGCGAGGGGCAUUCACAAUGGCUAUCACUCGGAGGAGAGAUAAAACCGCAAAGGCGCAAGAUGGAGGCAAGGGCGCAGCUUCUGGGGGGAAGCCGAAUAUUAAGAAGGCCGCUUUCGAUACCACGAAGAAAAAGGAGAUAGGGGUUUCUGAUCUUACUCUGAUUAGCAAGGUCACUCCUGAAGCGAUCAAUGAUAAUUUGAAGAAGCGCUUUGAGGCGGGAGAGAUAUACACAUAUAUUGGCCAUGUGCUCGUUUCUGUCAAUCCGUUCCGGGAUCUGGGAAUCUACACGGAACAGGUGCUGGAUGGCUACAAAGGCAAGAAUCGGUUGGAAAUGCCGCCUCACGUUUUUGCGGUCGCCGAGUCCGCAUACUACAAUAUGAAUGCCUAUAAGGAGAACCAAUGUGUUAUUAUUUCUGGGGAAUCUGGUGCCGGAAAGACGGAGGCAGCAAAGCGAUUGAUGCAAUACAUUGCCAGCGUGUCAGGAGGUGGGAACUCUUCGAUUCAGGAGACGAAGGAUAUGGUGCUUGCGACAAAUCCGCUUUUGGAAUCAUUCGGAAAUGCGAAGACACUUCGGAACAACAAUUCGUCUCGUUUCGGAAAGUAUCUUCAAUUACAGUUCAACGCUCAGGGAGAACCGGUCGGAGCUGAUAUUACCAACUACCUUUUGGAAAAGACACGAGUAACGGGACAGAUUGUUAAUGAGCGGAAUUUCCAUAUCUUUUACCAAUUUACGAAAGGAGCAUCCCAGACGUAUCGAACAAAUCUGGGAAUCCAAACGCCAGAUACGUACCUGUACACAAGCCGGUCGAAAUGUUUGGAUGUGGAGGGAAUUGAUGACUUGGCAGAGUACCAAGAUACACUCAAUGCGAUGAAGACUAUCGGUCUGACUCAACCAGAGCAAGAUGAAAUAUUCAGGAUGUUGGCUGCUGUUUUGUGGAUCGGAAACAUUCAAUUUCAGGAGGAUAAAGAUGGAUAUGCCCAAGUUACGGAUCAAUCGGUGGUUGAUUUUGUUGCUUAUCUUUUGGAGGUUGAUCCCCAGGAGGUAAUAAAAGCCAUUACUAUUCGGAUCCUUACACCGAGAAGUGGUGAAAUUAUCGAGUCUCUCGCAAACCCCUCUCAGGCUUUGGCAACACGAGAUGGUCUUGCGAAAGCAAUCUACAACAGCCUUUUCGACUGGAUCGUAGAACGCAUUAACCGCUCACUGAAGGCUCGUGGGACUACAGCACACUCAAUAGGCAUUCUUGAUAUCUAUGGGUUCGAAAUUUUCGAAAAGAACAGUUUCGAACAGCUGUGUAUUAAUUACGUCAAUGAGAAACUUCAGCAGAUUUUCAUCCAAUUGACAUUGAAGGCGGAGCAAGAGGAGUAUGCACGGGAACAGAUUCAGUGGACACCUAUCAAGUACUUCGACAACAAAAUCGUUUGCGAUCUCAUUGAAUCCGUGCGCCCUCCAGGAGUGUUCUCGGUAAUGAAAGAUGCGACUAAAACAGCAAACGCAGACCCAGCAGCCUGCGAUCGGACGUUCAUGACCGCAAUUAACAGCAUGUCAAAUCCUCACUUGACCCCUCGUCAAGGCAAUUUUAUCAUUAAGCAUUAUGCUGGUGAUGUUAGUUAUUCUGUAGAUGGAAUCACCGACAAGAAUAAGGAUCAACUUCUCAAAGGUAUCCUGAAUUUGUUUGGCAGGAGUAGUAAUAAGUUUGUCCACGACUUAUUCCCACACGAGGUGGAUCAGGACAAUAGGAAACAGCCGCCUUCAGCUGGUGACAAGAUCAAGACAUCUGCGAACGAGCUAGUCUCAACUCUGAUGAAGGCACAACCAUCUUACAUUCGAACAAUCAAACCGAACGAAAACAAAUCGUGGUCCGAGUAUAAUGUCCCGAAUGUUAUGCAUCAGAUCAAGUAUCUUGGUCUGCAGGAGAACGUCCGUAUCCGUCGAGCAGGAUUUGCUUACCGCCAAACUUUUGACAAAUUUGUGGAAAGAUUCUACCUCUUAUCGCCGCAAACUUCUUAUGCUGGAGACUACACCUGGACCGGAGACUCAAAGUCUGGUGCCAAGCAAAUUUUGAAGGAUACCAGUAUUCCAGCAGAGGAAUUCCAAAUGGGUGUGACCAAGGCGUUCAUUAAAGCGCCAGAAACGCUGUUUGCGCUGGAGCACAUGCGAGAUCGAUAUUGGCAUAACAUGGCAAUUCGUAUCCAGAGAGUGUGGCGCGCGUUCUUACGUAUUCGGAUUGAGGCGGCCACCAGGAUUCAGAGAGUCUGGAGGAAGAAGAGAAUUGGUGCAGAAUUUCUCUUGCUCAGAGAACGUGGCCACAAGGUUCUUCAAGGUCGAAAGGAGAGACGAAGAUUCAGUCUUCUCGGCUCCCGUCGUUUUAUGGGUGACUACCUAGGGGUCAAUGCCUCUGCUGGGCAAGGAUCGCGAAUUCGCAAUGCCGCUAACCUCCCUUCGAAUGAGCAGGCAAUUUUCUCAUGUCGAGGGGAGCUUUUGGAAACCAAAUUUGGCCGUUCGAGUAAGCUAAGCCCUCGCAUAUUAGUCCUUACAAGAGCCAAGUUUUACAUUAUCGCUCAGCAUCUUGUGAACAAGCAAGUGCAGGUAGCUAUCGAACGAGCCGUGCCUCUUGGGGCUAUCAAAUUCGUCAGUGUGUCUACCUGUAGAGACGAUUGGUUCUCAUUGGGCAUUAGUUCUCCGCAAGAAGCUGAUCCUCUUUUAACCUGUGUCUUGAAAACCGAACUCUUCACACACAUGCAGAGCGUGAUGCCUGGUGGAGGGUUUACGUUAAAGAUUUCUGAUGCGAUUGAGUAUGCGAAAAAGCCCAACAAGAUGCAGUUGGUAAAGGUCAUAAAAGAUUCAACUAUGAGAGAAGACUUUUACAAGUCCGGUGCUGUUCAUACGACCCAAGGGGAACCACCAAACUCUGUAUCAAGGCCAUUACCUAAGGGUAAACCAAUACCUGCGAAGCCCUUCACGAAAGGAAGGCUCAUUAAGCCAGGAGGACCAGGAGGACGUCCCUCGAAACAUACCAACACUACUAGAAACACAAAACCUGUUGCUCAACCGACGCAAUCAUACGGUACUCCUUCAGUUGCAAGAAAUGUUCCGCCUGCUCCUCAACCGGCACAGUCUUACGGAACACCUGCAGCUGGACGAAGCGUUCCUCAAGCAGCAACAGCGAACAUCCCUAUGCAUACAAGAAAUACUUCAUCCGUUUCAUCUGGCCGAUCCGUACCUCCUCCUCCACCCCCUGCUCCACCGGCCACUGCCAAAGCUGCUCCAACUCAGCCCCAAUAUAAGGUUCUUUACGAGUUUGCCGGGCAGAGUGAGAACGAGAUCACAAUCAGACCAGGCGAUAUGGUCACUGUCCAGAAAAAAGAGACCAAUGGCUGGUGGCUUGUCAAAACACCUGCAGGAGAAGGCUGGGCACCAUCAGCAUAUCUCGAAGAAGUAGCACCACCUCCCCCACCUCCUACCAUCCGACCAACUCCUCCUCCACCACCUCCACCAGCGGCAAAGACAAACGGUGCAAACGGUGUUCGUGGCAAACCAACACCACCAGCACCCCCCGCCAAGCGUCCAGCUGCCGGACGUAAACCAGCACCACCGCCGGCACCGAGAGAUUCGGGGAUGAGUCUCAAUGCGAGCGGUACUGAUAGUGGGAGGAGCACUCCUACACCUAGUCUCGCGGGUGGUUUGGCUGAGGCAUUAAGAGCGAGACAGAGCGCAAUGCAGAAGGGCAAGGACGAUGAUGAUGAUUGGUAG